GCUGAUAACUCAAAAAAGGGAUUUUUUUUUAAAGAGAAGUUAUUGACAAGAAGGGGAAAGCACUUAACCUUUGAACCCGUUGGACGGCUGAGUUCGGGAGCGUUUGCGACUCUCGCCGCGACUGGUGAUUAAAGGACGUGAGGGAAGAGAAGGAAAUCUGUGCCAGUCGGCUCGUCGGAGCUGCGCGCUUGCCGGUUGAGGCUGUAAGGUUUGCCGGGUGAAGCUGUUAGGGUUCCUGUCUCCUUUGCAGGAAUGAUCCUCCUUCUCGGUCGAGACCCCGUGUAGCCUUAGAGGCUCGAGGUUAUCACAAUUGCAGGGGGUCGACUGUCGUGCAGUAAACGUGCGUUUGUGUUUUGCCCCAGGACGUGCGCACUUCCUAUGCUUGCAUUCAAUCUGUACUGAGAAACUUGGUUCCUGCGAGCACGAGCUAGCUGAUUUUUCUGAAGCACUGUUAAAAUUACUGCUUAGAUCAGGAUGCCUGGCAAAGCAACUGUUUCCAAGAAAAAGUCUCAGCCAUUAAAAAGAAAUCCAAAAAGAAAAACUGCUGAUGAGGAAAUGGAGUUAUCAGAGAAUGAGGUUAGAAAUACAUGCAAAAAACAAAAAAGUCAACUGCAGCACCUGUCAUCUCAAGAGACUGGACAGACAAAACAUAUGAAUCUGAAGCAGGUAAAGAUAUCAUCCAACAAGAGGAAAACCUGGCAACCUCUUUCACAGAAUAGUAGAGAGCAUUUGCAAACUUUAAUGGAAUCAGUAAUAAUAGAAAUUGUGAGUAAAACUAUCAAAGGAAAAGAGCAAAUUCAUUAUCAUCUUAACUGCCUGAAGAAAAGAUUGUUGCAGCAGUGUGAAUCCCUGAAUGUUCCCCCCAAAAAACUCCCAAAAAAAGAUUUGACUAAUACAGCAAGUGUCCUGAAAAUGGAGAGAGCACAGCACAGAAGGAAUGAAGAGAGCCUGGCAUUGUUGCAGGGGGAAAUAGAUAAAAUAGUGGAAACAGCAGAGUCAAUGACUGGACAGAUUCAGAGUCUACAGGACAAAAUUCAGAUUCUGACAAGGGAGGUAGAAGAGGAGGAGAAGAAAAUUAAAGAGCUGCAUCAAAUAGUUAGUAGUGGGGACCUUGCUCUUCCAGAACUUUCUCAGAAAAGUCUCAAGGCACCCAUACUUCAGAAAGAAAUGUUGACGUUAAUUCCAAACCAGAAUGCUCUCCUAGAGGAUUUGAAUGUUCUCCAUAAUUCACCCAAGAUAAAGAACAUGUUCACUUUCAUCGAAGAAGCCUAUAAAAGACUGGACACAUUUUAAAAGAGUUUCUUGAAUAUAGUUCCAUAUUAAUGUAAUAUUCAUAAAUUUGUAAAACUCUUCAUCAAUGGUAACAGAACAGAGACUAGGAACAGAGACUGGUUUUAUUAUCUUCUUAUGCGCACUUUAAAAUUAGCUCUUAUGUAGAUCUACUAGCAUCUACAUAAAACUUUUUAUAGCAACAAAAUGUGGGGUUUUUUUGGUUUCUUGUUUUUUGCUGAAAGUCCUGAAAACUUUUUAUAGCAACAAAAAUGUUACCAAGCCUUUUUGUCUAUAUUACUUAAACUAUUUGUCUGAAACUAAAAUAAAUUUUUAUGGUUUACAGCCACAAUCUAAUGAGUUAAGUUGGUUGAAUAGAGCUCAUGAUUAGUAAUGCAGAGUAAUUGGAAUACUGUGACCUAAUGUAUGUAUCAAGUGUAUAUAGUACCUAGUAUGUAUGUAUUUUCAUUAUUUUCCUUUAGCUGAUGACUUGCAUUUUCUGUCUGGUCACGUGGAAUUUGAGAAAUCCCCACAUUGUUUUACUUUUUUACAUAACUCACUGCACUUUAUGUGGCUUAAUUAAAAUUGGCCACAGACCAGGAAAAUAAGCUCAAGUCAUUGCUCUCAGUUCAAUUCGGAGCACCUACCGAAUGGCAUCUUAAGCAGUGCAAGGGGGAGCCCUGGUUCCUGUAUAGACCUUAACCCUGUGCCAGAAGUGUCUUUGGACCCACCCAAGGUACAACUGGGUGUGACCCUAUUGGAAAAUUUUUAAAAAAGAACAAAAAGAAGCAGGUAACAUUACAAAUAGAAAAUUGUAGUUUGGGGGUUUGAAUCACUGAAUGAAUGUUAAAUAUUUUUAUUCUACUGUCAUCAAGGCAUAUAUUUACUUCAGAAAAUUGUUAAUAAGGAACCUUAAGUACAUUUAUGCCUUUAAAAAUAAUUUUAUUUUUUCCUAAACACUCCCUUGCAAUGAUGGAGAUCAGACAUCAUGGGGAAGCCUAAAAAGCGUAAAAUUAAGUACUUUAAGUCUUAGAGAAUAACGUUCAGAGGAGAGCAUUAUGAGUUUUUAGAGCAGAACUUCUCAAAUGUAUUUGGUCUGUCACCCGCUUUACAGAAAUAAAUCAUUCAGCAGCCCCUUAGAAAUCUUGCUUUAAACAAACUCCCCCUACUGAUCAAUAAUCCCCACCAAAUGCACAUGAGCCUACUACUGUUCCCUUGGAUCAUCCCAGGGCUUCUGUGAAUGUAAAACACAUUCCUACAUACACAGAAAGUGCAACAUGUAGAGGAAGCAUCUUAAAAGUUUUUGACUACCUUAUUGUUCCAUCUUCCACACCACAUUCACCCUCCAAGUUCCCCACCACUUUAUAAAAUUGACAACCUUCCCCCCUCCACCCCCCCACCCGCCAGGUGGAAGAGAUAAUACAGUGGGUCAGGUUCUUUCCUUGCCUGGUCCUGGCUCACUACCUGGCUCUCCAGGAAUGAACUCUGGACACAGAGUGAGGAGUAAGCCCUAAGUACAGCUCGGACUGACCCCAAAAUAAAUAAAAUUGACCCCCUGUCUCAAUUGCUCCCCUCCCUCCCUUUUUCCUUCUGGUUCUGGUAACUACCUUUUUAUUGUCAGAGACUGAAGAGUGAGUGUUUUAUUUUCAUUUGUGCAUUUUAUGUUUUAAGAAUGACAAGUAAAGCACCAUAUUACCGCUUAUUAACCAUGGGCUUUUAUAAUAGUUCAUGCUGGGAGAGAGGAAUUGCAGACACAUAGGCUGUUUACCUAGAAUGUCUGUUAACAGGUUACUCAAAUAAACUUUGCAGUUUUAGGUGCC